GCCCGUAAAAAGCCUUGCCAAUGACUGCCUGAGCGCGUCAUCUCGCACAUGUCCUAGACUGCAUACAGUAGAGAGAAUCCAGCCGAAGGAGGACAUCCGGCACAGUAUCAUACGCAAGCCACAAUCCACCCGACUUGCGUCGAGGUCGAUAUCAUAUCAUCGCCAUGCCUGUCGAACCAGAACCCCGCCGCUCGGUGCGUGCGACCAAAGGCCAACAUAAGGCCUUGGAACAACUCGACAAAGCCAUCGAUGCCCCUAAGCGUCGUGGGAAGAAAGGGAAGAAAGCAGCCCCCGAACCCGAGGAGACCGAGGAAGAAGUCAUCCGCUGUGUUUGCGGCGCCACAGAGCAAGAUGAGGAUUCAGGGGAGCCCUGGAUUGCCUGCGACCAAUGUGCCGCCUGGCAACAUAAUAUCUGCAUGGGCAUGAGCCGAUACUCGGAGGACAUUCCCAGCACCUACUUCUGCGAGCUCUGCCGUCCCGAGAACCACAAAGAGCUCCUGGAUGGCAUUGCCCGCGGAGAGAAGCCUUGGGAAGCAAGACGCAAGGCCUAUGAGGAAGAGGAAGAAGCCGACAAGAAAAAGAAGAAGGGCCCUAAGAAAGGUAAGGGCAAGCGGGUCAGCGAAUCGAAGGAAGAGCUGAAGCAAUCACCUGCUCCCGAGCCCAAGAAGGAGACGAAGGCUACUGCCGGCAAGCGCAAAACACGGGACGAGUCUCAAGACAAGGACGCAACGCCAUCGCAGAAACUGCGAAAGGUCUCUGAGACCCAGUCUGUCGCAAUCCCGGCUUAUGAACCUCCUUCAGACCUUCCCGCCAAGAUAGCGGAGCUCCCGGAUACCCGUCAGGGCCCAGCUAAGGCGCUUUUGAAGUCGUUGACUCAUUCCAUUGGUGCGGCGGAGAAGAAGGGGACCUUCGUCGCUUCAGAUGGAAUCUCGACGGCGGCGAGAGCUGAGCGAUUUGCGCUGCAGAUUGAGCGAGCGGUUCAGGAUACCCAUCCCAACGCUAGCGCCUAUACAAGCCAAGUCCGGACCUUGACGUUCAAUCUGAAGAGCAACCAUGAGCUGGCCAACCGGCUCCUCAGCCGGACUCUGACCCCGACUAUGCUGGCGGCCAUGACCACCGAGGAACUUGCCUCCAAGGAGCUGCAGCGUGAGACUGCGGAGAUGAAGGCUCGAGCAGAGAAGCAGGCAAUCAUGAUCACAGAAGACCCGCCUCGUAUACGUCACACACAUAAAGGCGAGGAGAUAAUCGGCGAUGACAACUUCGCCAUUCCCAGCGAUGAGACUCCGGGACCAUCAGUAGCCCGCCGACACAGCACUCGCGAGUCGCGCUCGGAAUCGUCGCAGCCGCAACCGCCGCUGCCGCCGCCGCAGGAGGAGGAGGAUCGAGACCAAGUCGAACUGCCAGCGCAUUUCGAUCAGCCCCCGCCGCAGCCGCAGCCUUCGCCAAAAGACGGUCUUCGUAUAGAAACGAAGCAUUCCCCCAAGACGGACUUUGAUAUCAACAAGGUCUUCUCCAGUGUCAAGUCGCCAACCGGCAGCGCCAACCGACGACCUUCGAACUUGGCGGGUCCGGCUGGCGGCCCUGGCGUGGACCCGGAGAUAGAUCGGAUGCUGCAGGACGAUGGGAACGAAUCUCCUCCCUAUUCUCCCAGCGAAGAGACGGACCCCAACAUCGUCUGGAGAGGCGACAUCCUCAUGAAUACCAUCUCGAACUUCCACGCCACGGCGAGGCAUAUCGGUGGUGCCAAGCUUAACGAAUCCAUUGGCCUCCCGUGGAACCAACUCAUUCCCAGACGUCUCACCGUGGCCGGCCGGAUCGACGAGCAGAAGGCCAUCGAGUAUCUCUGCAGCCUGAGAUAUAGCGUGCCAACUGACGUCGUGGUGGUGAGCCUGGAGCCUGCUUUGGAGGCAUCCAAGCCUGAUUUCCAGAGGCUCAUCGACUACUUCAUCUCCAAGAAGCGCUACGGGGUCAUCGGCGACAAGGGGGUUGGGAAUGUUCGUGACACAUAUCUCGUCCCCGUGGCUGCCGGUUCUGGAGACCAGCCUGAGUUCAUGCUUAACCUCAUGGACAACUUCAUCCCCGAGAAUAGAAGGGAGCCGAUGCUGCUGGCUGUCUUUGUCUACCGGAAUGACCCUUCGACGAUGCAGCGACUUCACGGAACUAACAGUUCCGGCCAAAAAAUGCCGCAGUCACCCGUCAACAACACCCCUGUUCCGGCACAGGGUGGAUACUCUCAGCGGAACGCAUCUAUGUCAGCCCCGGCCAUCUCACCCACGUCCCCUCAGGGCGCCUUCCCGACCUACCAGGCGGCGAGGCAGAGCCACACUCCGAUCCAGCCCCCUCAGGUUCCCCACAGCUCGCAGCAACCGCAUGGACCCACAGCCGGGCGACUUUCCAACCAGGAAACCGCGCAGCGUCAGGGCGAGCAGGUCGCUCGAGAGAUCCUCGGCCCGUUCAUCAGCAGCCCCACGGUGGCCUUCCUCAUGCCGCAGGCUCACAGCAUGUCGCGAAGGGAGUGGGAAGUGGUCCGCAGGAUCUACGAGCGAGACCCGAAAACCAGGGAGGACCUUGCACACUUGAGCGCGGUCCUCGAGAAGGAGAACAGCAGCAACGGGGCCGCCGCUCCGCCUCCAGCUCCGGUUCCAGCGCCGGGCCCGCCGGCUACCCCCACCCCUGUGCACGCCCCGGCUUCGGCCCCGGCCCACUCCCUAGUCCAGACCCCGAUCCCGCCCCCGCCCGUGCCGCCCCAUCGCAACACCCCGAUCCCGCCCCCUCCGAUCCCACCUAGUGCGGCCGGCCCUCCGCGACAGACCCCGAUUCCCCCGCCACCUAUCCCACCACAUGCCGCCGCGGCAGCUCCUCCGGCCUAGCAGACCGGUGCCGUGCGACGGACCCCGAUCCCUCAGCCGGUUUUGCCGCCCUGGCGUGUGGCAGCUUCUCCAUCCAAGGCGGCAGCUUC